AUGUGUGAACCUGCCACUCCAAAGCUACACUCAGCCUGGCACUCUUUUCUAGAAUGUCCUGCCCUGUUGCUUCUGCUGUCUUUGCUGCUGCUUCCUCUGGGCCUCCCAGUCCUGGGCGCCCCCCCUCGCCUCAUUUGUGACAGCCGAGUCCUGGAGAGAUACAUCCUGGAGGCCCGGGAGGCAGAAAAUGUCACGAUGGGCUGUGCUCAAGGCUGCAGCUUCAGUGAGAAUAUCACCGUCCCAGACACCAAGGUUAAUUUCUACACCUGGAAGAGGAUGGACGUCGGGCAGCAGGCCGUGGAAGUCUGGCAGGGCCUGGCUCUGCUCUCGGAAGCCAUCGUGCGGGGCCAGGCCCUGUUGGCCAACGCCUCGCAGCCGUCUGAGAUCCUGCGGCUGCAUGUGGACAAAGCCGUCAGUAGCCUACGCAGCCUCACCUCCCUGCUGCGGGCGCUGGGAGCCCAGAAGGAGGCCAGCUCCCUUCCAGAGGAAGCUUCUGCUGCUCCACUCCGAACAUUCACUGUUGAUACUUUGUGCAAACUUUUCCGAAUCUACUCCAAUUUCCUGCGGGGCAAGCUGACGCUGUACACAGGGGAGGCCUGCAGGAGAGGGGACAGGUGACCAGGUGCUCCCACCCUGGACACGUCCACCACCUCACUUACCACUGCUGUCUGUGCCACGCCUCUGCACCCCCACUCCUGACCCCUGUCGAGGGGUGAGCAGCUCAGCACUAGCCUGUCCCACGGACACUCCACGGCCAGGGGUGACAUCUCAAGGGCCAGAAGGACUGUCCAGAUCUAAGGAUGUCAUAGGGCCAGCCUGAGGCCCCGAAGCAGGAGGAAGUCGGAGGAAAUCGGCUUAAACUUGGGGACAGAGCCUUGCUGGGGAGACACCAAAACUCACCUCAGUGCCCUGCUGAACGGUGAUGCCAGGCCAA